UCCUAUUUGGAUCAGGCCUACACCAUCGAAAUGUCAGCGAUUGAAUACAACAAUCUACUCUUCGAGGCAAGCCAGAGGCUCGAGGAGCUGAAUGUUCGUGAGCGUCUUCUGUUUAUGUGCAGAGGGAAGCUGACCUCUGGCAGCGAUGGAAACAUCCCAGACGUUUUGUCAUUGUUUAGGGAACUGGAGGACAAGGAAUACCUAGGAAUUGAUCGCCUGAAGAUACUGAAGGAGAUAUUAAAGAGUGUCAGGGAAUGGUCGCUCUUUGGAAAAGUGAAGAAUUUAGAACGCAAAAGGAAAGAAUACAAUGGUUUACUCGAGGAGAUAAUUCGCGUACUCGACGAACUCAAUGAUAUGGAAGGCCUCAUGUCGUUGUGCAGAGGGAAAUUGCCAGAAGAAAAUGAAGGUAACAUUAAAAAUACUCGACGACUACUGGAGGAACUGGAAAACCACGACCACUUGGGUGUUGAUCAACUCGAUAUCCUAAAGGAGAUUUUGACCAAAACAGAGAAAAAAAAUCUGCUUUUGAAAGUCAAUGAGUAUGAGAAGCGAAGGAAUGAGGAGGAGGAAUCGGAAAGUAGAAUAGCUCGAGCCUCUGCAGUUGUGGCAUCAGUUAAAGCUGUUACUGAAAGGUUGUUAGGAGAAGUUAGAAUACACUGUACGUUCCGGAAAAUCAGCGGUGCCUUAUUAGUUGUAGGCACUGGGGUGGUCCUUCGCAAAUGUUCCAAACUGGAAGACUUUGUCGAGGCAUUCAGGGUGGCAGUGCUUCCUACAGCUUCAGUCUUACAAACAAUCAGUGAAGGCUCUGUAUGUUUCAAGGUGCAGUUAAAAAAUAAGUCAGCGGUCAAGGCAUUGUGGAGUUGGUAUCAAGAUGGCACAUUGCAACGGAAUCUACAGCAUUUCUUAGUCACAGAUGAAAUCAAACAGAUGGCGAAUGGCGAGGAAGUCAUAGUCUCUGUGUACAUCGAAGAGCAAGAAAUUAAAAGUGCCAGUACAGAUUUAUCUAUCUCGGAAAAUCAAGAGCACGAUAUUCCGGAAGAGGUAGUUUCCGGAAAUGAGCGUCGGAGAAAUUCUGACUCCAGCCUGGAUUGCAAACCGCGGGAGGCUGACGAAACGGGUAAAAACCCGAAGGAAUCCGAAGCACUACCGAUAGACCAAGCCCAGCAACUUGAUCCGGAUAAAGUUGCAUUUGUUCAGAGCUAUCUGGAUAGCGUGCACGACAACCAUAGUAUAACUACAGAGGCAAGUGACAGCGCGUUUGGAACCGGCACUGAAUCUGAGCUCGGAUCGGAAGACACUGGUGCAGAUUCUAGAUACAAAAUGUGCUUCAAAGAUCUUAGCAAGAAUGUCACCAUUGAAUUGUCAAGAGCUCUUCAAGAUGACCAAGUUGUAGGAAAGUUGGUUUACCAGGCUUUCGGCCUGAAAAUGAACCUUGAAAAUGAUUACUUCAGCAUGAAUAUAUUUGAAUUGUUUCCGGAUACUCCUGUAAAGUUAUUAAGGGACGUCUUUGAAGCAUUGCAGUUGUACGAUCUUGUCGAAUUGUUGGAAAAAGCGAAACCGCGUUCACUUCGUUCAGCUCUUCCACUGGAAGAAUUAAAGAGGUUGCGCAAAGAAGAAGAUAAGCCCACCGUGUUCCAUAGUCAGGCAGCGGUUUUGAUUAUCAAAAAAGGUGAUGAGAUAACCAGCAUUGAAAAUAUCAAAUCGUUUUUCAAGGAAUUAAACUCGGAGAAUGAGACUGAUGUGGUGUGUUUGGAAAACGUACAAAAAAUGGUGGAUGUUGUCACUGAGCUGAAACAGAGAGAGUGUUUGGAGAAGCGAUGGAAUGAUAAAUUAAAGAAACUUGAAGCGGAAAAAGAGCAAUUUGAAGUGAUGAUUAAGGAGAGAACACGGGCAGGUUCAAGGCGAAGAGAAGGUCUAGCCGAAAGGUUGGAAAGAAUUUGGGAUGCUGAGUAUGCGCGCAAAGAUUCAAAAGCGAUAGCAUCAGAGGAAUCAAAGUUGCAACGAGAGAGAGAAGAAAAGCAAGAACUGGUGAAAGAAGAGAUGGGAAAGGUAAUGACUUCUUUAUCAUCGAUCAUGGACAAAUGGAUACACUGUCAAGAUAAAUUCACUAUUUUUGUCAUAUUGGAAGGUAGUGAUCUGCAUGAGUUCCCUGACAUAAGCAAAAUGAUCGAAAACAUUUUGGUAGAGAAGCUAGAAUCAAUUCCAGAUAAAACGAAAUUUGUGGCUGGGUCUGCCAGAUGGAGUCGAAUCGAACAACUUCCAGAAGUUCUCUUUGCAAGAUAUUCAGCUCCAAGCGGAACUUUUGUUACCCAGAUGGAUGAAACUAUAACCAAGCGUUGGCAUACAUUGGACCUGAUGUCGAUGUUAGAAGAAAUGAAAAGAGAUUUAGCGAGGAGAAAAUCUCCUUUAGUUCAUUAUGAUUCUGAGGAUAUUAAUUUGUGGCCCUCACGGGUGCGAAUAAUAGCCAAAUUGUCUUCACUUCCACGAUUUCUCAAAAAGAUUGAAGAUGCCGCCAAAUAAGUCUGUUUCAGAACUCUCAAGGAGCUUUUUUGUUUUUUUUGUCUUUGGUUAAAUAAGACAUUUUUUGGACUCAAAUGAUGAUGGACUCGAAUUCAAAAGUUGUUAAAAAAUUAUAAAAUUAAACGAGACUUACCUGAAAGUUGAAGUUUGAUUGGGAUUCUACCAGUCAUCACUGAGCAGAGAUUACACGAGAUCACUACGCAUGCGCACAACUAGUCAUUUUUUAAAAGUACUGUGAGUGGCCACAUGAGGAUCUACAUGCAACAAUGACAAAGGUGCACUCCACAGUGCAGGGAGGAUUCAGGUACCAUGAAGGGUGGGCGUGUAAUCUCUGCUCUGUGAUAGAUCGUUAACGAUAACAGAUAAUUUGUCGUCUGUUCCUAAACUCUGCAUAAAGCUAGGGCAUGAUUCUGCUUCUUAAGCCUGUUGUGGUGAGUUGUUUGGUAAUCUCAUAGUGUUCAUAAAAAUAUCAAAUUACAUGUUGAUAUGUAGCUCCUUGGUUGCUCGUGGUGCAAUGAUAUAAUUAUAUUUGUGAGACUCAUAUCUUGGAAAUGAAUUUUAGUAUCUGGAGCAGCCGCCAGGCCUCGUUAGAUUCGAAAAGAUUUAUCCCGUAGAACACGAAAAUAUCAUGUAUGAGCAAUGUAGUUUUAGUGUUUCGUUUUUUCUUUAGUGUUUGGUUUUUCCUUAAAUUUUUGCCAAGGAACUGUAGGUAUUUUACACACUUUAUUCAAUAAAUAAAUGCUUGAGUAUGUUUUGAGUAACGGAAAUUUGAAUUGACCGCAAGUACUUUAAACCUUCGCAGAUUGUAUAGAAUGAAUCAUGCGGCGAAUAUAAUUUCAUUUUACGAGCACUUGACACAAAUUCUGCAACGGGUUUAAGUGUUACGAACAUCCAAACCUCGGUACCUCAAAUGUGUAAAGGGUUUCACAAGCGAGUAUCCGUUCUUUGAUCUUACAUCGAGAUCUAAUGACGACGUUCCAGAGUCUGAUGUACGGAAUAAGGUCUUUAGUUCAGGAGUCUCCCUCUAGGUUGAACUGUAUUCGCAAACGUCACCUGGCAAUCCACCUUGUUAGAGAUAGGUAGACUGCUUAGAGAUAGAAUCCAGGUGUUAGAGAUAGGUAGACUGCUUAGUUUUAGUAAGCAGAUAUUAGAUUACUUAUUUGUUUAGCUUAUGUAUGUUGUCCUUGAUAGUGACAGGAUGAUGGUCAUUAUUUGGGAAAAUUCACCGCCCGAGUCGUCAAUUUUGCGUUAAAUUGUACGCAGACACCGGUAACGGUUUUCAAGUGCAAUAUGACGCGGCAGGUAAAGGAUUUUCCUUGAAUCACAUAACUGAGUAAAAAUGAGAAAAAAUGAUAACAGCAAUAACGUUGGGGAAAGAUGUUUUUCGUCUUGUCACGAGCGUGGGGCAAAGAAAAAAAAUCUUAUUCCCUACGAGGAAUCAAACCUCAAUAAGAAUAGCUGUUUGAUUUUAUUCUGAGCGCGAAACAAGAGGUGUAAAACAAUAUCAUUUAGCUUCGUUUUCAACUUGCAAUUCCGCGCUGAAUACCUCGCUUCGUUAACCAACCAGAAUGCGAGAUUUUAUUCAAUUAUGCGAUUCUAGUCUAUAUCUGAGAAUAUUUAGACGUCGUUGUAUCGCCUGUAGUUUAUAUCUGUCUAUGUAUGUAGAUAUGCAUGUUUCAAUUUUGUUCUAUGGUAUUUCACGAGUCUCACUCUCAUGAGUAUA